CGAAAACUACCGAUACAAUUUGAUGUACCUACCGAAGACCGCCAAAAUAAUCUGGCCACACUGGCUAGAUCUGAUGUUUUGAAACAUCGCAAAAUUUUACUAAAUAAUGCACUUGCGCGUUGGUGAAGCUGCACUUAAACAGAUUAGUUGAAUUACGCUUUCUGAAAUGUUUUUAUUAAACACUUGUUUUUUUUUAAAUUCUUCAAUUUAAAGCUACGUCUUGGAAUGAUAAUUCUACCCAAAACCAAAACCACUUUACAUAAAGUGUGUGGUUGGUGGUCGCGCUGGCUACUGCGACUUGUGGUCAUCGCUCAUCUCACGCACACAUACGCACACAUCUGUCAUUUGAAAAGCCGCACACAAUCGUGUGUUGUGCAAAAAACCGUUCGCGCACAAACAGUUCGCACAUGUUUGCAGGUCGUGCAGCAAAGGGCUUUUGAUGGUGAUCCGCAGUGUUUGGUCAGCUUUUUAAUGUGUUUUCGCUUAAUCGCUUUUGUUUGUGUAAUGUUUUGUCGGUAUAAUUUUUAUGCGUCGUUACAAAUGAAAUGUACAAUCCUGCGUUGCUAGUGUAAAACAUUGCUAAUUCCCGUGAUCCUUUUGUUCUAGAAAGCAAGAUGGAGAUAACGAAACAGAGCGCUUCCAACAACACGACCGAGGAAGCAUUGUGGAAACUAAUACUCGCUCCAUACGGUUGGAACGAGCAAAUGAAUGAGGCUGCAAGAGAAUUUUUAAAAAAUUAUUCAGAUUUCAUUCCGAUGUUAAUCGGUCAAUCGCAUUACAAGAUUGAUCUGAGAUCGCUUAUCAAGGAAGCCCGCGCGAACAAGUGGCGUAAUACGACGUUAGAUGAAAUUUGUGCAGAUUUUGACGCGAACGGGACUACCUGCGAGCUGGAGGAGGAGGAGGUGGACCUGCAGGCAAAGCACGCGCCGGAAAUGGAUGGAAGCGAACUGAUGGAAGCUGUGGAUGUUGCAGCAGAGCUGAAGAAUAUGGUGCUGCAGGACAUCUCUAAUCAACCGAAACAACAAUCAACAACCCGUCCAUUACGGAAGUGCAGAAACAAAAGUACCUGCGAGCUGGAUCACUGUGUGUUCUGUUUCAACAAUAAGGCGGACCGGGAGGUAUACGAGAGCCAUCGAUGCAAGGAUGAGGCCGGCAACGUAACCUGUCCGGUGUUGCAAACAUUCGUAUGCAUGCGCUGCAAAGCAACCGGUAAGAAAGCACACACCGCCAAAUAUUGUCCGUUGAAGCCGGUUAUCACGCCGGAGGAUUGUCUGGCAAUGGAGCUACGGCGGCAUAAGAUACACCGUAAGGGUGUAUGUACUGCGAGCGAGAUCAAUCUCUCGGCUGGUUCAAGCAGUGCCAUAGUUCAUACUAAGAAGCGGCUAGUCCGUUUGUAGGACAGAGUCGUUCGUUCAUUUUAUUUUAUUACUUUACAACACAUCCAAAGCUCUGUGAGCUUCAAGCAACAGGUAGUAGCUAAUAUCGGAACUGGUGGGCAAGAAAGGCUUGCAGCAAAUACGUUUCUGGCUGCUCAGAGAAUGUGAAGCUUGAAGAUAUAUUUAUUUAGGAAAAGUGGAACUUUAUGCAGGAUGAAUAAUUUUGCCAUCGAAUCAAAUAGCGUAAGUAGGUAGAGUGAAAAAUCGAUCUUAAAAGGAUGAUCUCCACGUUCGAACAUUGCACGUAAGGAUGGUAUCCAUACAUACGAAUGCGACUUUAAUUCAAUAUUUACUUUGAAGCAGAUGUUCGUAUCAUUUCCUCCUUAGCAUCUUUAUGACUAAACUUCUUUUAAUGACAACAUUUUUCGAUUUUUUUACACACCGAAUCAUUUUCUAUGAAUCAAUCAUUUGAUGCCUUAUUUAAAUAAAUUGCGAAGAAAUAUUUAACAACAAUCGAUUCUAGAGGUGUGGUUAGAAGGUACAACCAAGCAAAAAAAACCUUUAAAUCUUCGAGUGAAUGUUCAAAGAUAUUGGCUGGUAUUACAUAUUGAAUCCGUUCGUAGCGGCGGCGUACGUCCCGACACUCAUUUUCCUAACGUACUAGAUGGUUGCUACAGUUAUUCACAGCGGCGUUGUAGGACCGGGCUCAAGAAAUGUGUUGUCAUCCCUAGAAUUUCAUGUGAGCGUCGUACGUUCCCGCUACGUACGGAUUCAAUAAUACCACCCAUUGUUUAGCAUCUCGCAUCGGCUAAAAUGGACACUUACAGUUCAAAUGGAGAGCAAAUAAAAGCCAACGUGCUCGUUUGGUGGUUAA